AAUAUACUUCUGAUCUAACCUCACUUUUUAAGUGAGUGUUUCACAAAACCUAGUUUUAUUUAUAUUAUUUAUACAGUGCCAAGUAAAAAGAGCUAAAGUAUGAAUAUUCCGUACGGAAAAGUGGCGAUUUAUGUUCUUACAUUCGUUGGUUACAUUUAUUCCGGAUACGGUUCUGGAAUUUUGAGUAACCUUCGGGACGCGGUUUUGUCUGCUGAAACAGUCUUCGGGGAUGUUUUUAAAAAUGUUAUAAACGUCGCACAGAAGUUCAGACAUUUGCAUGACGUUUUCGAUGCUGCUGUAGAAGAGGAAUGCGUUUUCAAGUGUCCAGGAAAUGUGGCACCAAAACCGAAUCGAAACCACGUUCCAAAGGCGGAUGGUUGCGGUUCUUUAGGUUUAAAAAUUGAUAGCGAAUACUUGCCAGUUGGUGAAAUGACAAAAUGCUGCGAUGACCACGACAUUUGUUACGAUACCUGCAACAAGAACAAGGAAGCUUGCGACAUUGAAUUUAAACGCUGUCUCUACAAAUACUGCGACUCGUAUGAAAAAUCUUUGGGGGGAAAAACGAUGGUCAAAGCAUGCAAAGGAGCUGCGAAAAUGCUGUUCACUGGGACUCUAACAUUGGGAUGCAAAUCGUACCAAGAUGCGCAAAGAAAUGCUUGUUACUGCCCUCCUUCUUAUGGAUGGAAGGAUAAAAAGAACUCAAAGUAUGCCAGAGGUGACGGAGAAUUAUGAUUGUUUUUUGUUACUUUUAAUUUAUUUAUUGGUUGUUUUUUAUCUGUUUUAUUAAAGAGGGUAAUAGUUUUAUACUGUGAUGUUCUAUCUAAAAUUAAAGAUUUUUCGUUUUA